AAUAUUGGAAAUAGCAACGAAGAAGAGUGUGGCAAAAGCGAAAUGUCUAGACAAUACAAUAGGAAAGAGAGUAUUUACUUCCUUCCUAAUAAGCCGCCUUUGUUUAGUCUUCAUUAUUUCCACUUUCCCCUUUCUCCAUUCCCUCUUGUCCCCGCGAAACCCUCCCAAAAUGCCCUGAUUCUUCUCUCCGAUUCGCCGCCCUCAUCCGCCGUCAACCACCAGUCACCGGUUUCUAGAGCGCCAUGGAAGAUGUAAAAUCUGUUGCUACACUCUUGGAGUCAACAAGCUCUAAGAUACAACAACUUCAGAGAGCAUUUGCUGAGCUGGAAAGUCACCGAGCCGUAACCCUUAACCUGAAAUGGAAACAAAUUGAGGAUCAUUUUCAUGGACUUGAGAAGUCUCUAAAAAGGCGUUUUACUGAGCUGGAAGACCAAGAAAAAGAGUUCGAAGUGAAAACAGCUCAAUCCCGACAAAUCCUGGAGAAACGUCAAGCAGCUGUAAUAGCCAAAGAGGAAGCUUCGUUGGAAAGUCUUCAAGAGAAGCGUGAUGCUGCUGUUGCUGCCAUUGCUAAUGCCCUUAACAGACGCCGGAAUGGAAUCACUGAAUCCGAUUCCAUUGUGGAAAACAAACCACCCGAUGAUGUGGAAAACAAACCACCGGAUGAUAUAAGGUUGUCGGAUAGUGACGUGAAGGCACUAUCAAACCCUCAACUUGCCAAGUUGUGUGAGGAGAAUGAUGCACAAGGACUCCACAAAUUCAUAUCGGAUAACCGGAAGAAUCUUUCUUCUAUAAAAGAGGAAAUCCCGAUUGCAUUGAAGGCUGCAGCUAAUCCCGGUGGUCUGGUUUUGGAUUCUCUUAGCGGUUUCUACAUGUCGUCAGAUGAGGGGAAGAAAGAUGCGAAUCUUUUAGGUCAACGAAGAACGUGUAUCAUGUUGAUGGAAUGUCUUAGCAUUUUGUUAACGAAUCUAGGUGAGAAGUCUGCUUCAAAGGUUAUCUCGAAAGACGUGAAGGAACGAGCAAGGGUUAUUGCUGAUGAAUGGAAACCGAAAUUAGAUGAUCUUGAUGUGGAUGCCAGUAACGGGAACUCUUUGGAAGCUCAUGCUUUCUUGCAGCUUGUUGCUACUUUUGGUAUUGAUUCUGAUUUUGCUCAAGAAAAUUUAUCCAAAUUGAUACCAAUGGUGUGUCGUCGUCGUCAGACAGCUGAGUUGUGCCGCUUCCUUGGGUUGUCAGACAAGAUUCCAGGUGUAAUUGAUGUGUUGGUGAAUAGUGGAAGGCACAUUGAUGCUGUUAACUUAGCAUUUGCAUUUGAGCUUACAGAGCAGUUCUCUCCAGUAUCCAUAUUGAAAUCAUACUUGACCGAGGCAAGGAGAGUCCCUUCAGCCAUCAAAUCAGCAAAUUUGUCUCCUACUGCACAGAAUGAUGUCAGCGAGAGAGAACUGUGUGCACUAAAGGCAGUGAUCAAGUGUAUUGAAGAUCACAAGCUUGAAGAUAGUUACCCAACGGGCCCACUUCAGAAACGGAUUCUUCAACUUGAGAAAGCAAAAGCUGACAAAAAACGAGCCACAGAAGUUGCAAAACCUCAACCCAAAAGACCCCGAGCCAAUGGCAUAGUAACCCGAAACACUAACAUUGCUGCUGACAAGACCAACUUCUACGGUAGGAUGACAGAUAAUAGGUAUGCACCGCCAACACAGUACAUGUAUGACAACAGAACCUAUGGUUACCCGGGUCCAGUUGAGACCCACAUUCCGCAGUAUAUGGGCACCCCGGCUUACAACAUGGCUCCUAACCACGGUCACUACUUUGCAACCGGUUACCAGUACCAGGCUCCUUAUCUGCACUAAGGUUGUAGGAAAUGGUAAGAAAACUUUCAACUUAUUUUAACUUCUAGGAGUUAACCCUGUUGAACUAAUCAGAUGUUUUACUGUAUUAAUAUUGUGACAAAAAAAUAUGUUAAGGUUGUGUUUAGUUCUAAAACUGGUUGUAUUAGGUGACGCUGGACGUGUAAUCCUCUAAUAUAUGCACUUCUUAUGUUGUUGGUUG